CGACUCCGCUCGACGGUCAUACUAAUUGCAGCAAAAAAACAAAAAACAAUGCAGACGCACACGCGAGUGUAAAAUGGAGUAUCCACAAAUUGAUUUAUACGAAUUCCUCACUGAGUCCGAACUGCAGCAGUACUACAAUGCCGUCAAAAACGAAUUGAAAAUAACGAACGCGGCCCAGUUCAAGUAUGCGGCGGACGAGGAUUUGCGUUUUAUUGGGCUCUCGCGCCCGGAAAUCCGGAGGCUGCGAAAGUUCUACGAGAAGCACUUCCCCCACAGCUACCUCAGCAAGAUCAAGCGUCUGCUGCAGGCGCCUGGUACGAUGGUGAAGCGGGAGGAGCCACCAGGCGGUGUGGGUCAAGUGCCGCUCGAUGGCAAUGGCACGUCUCCCAGCUCCUCACUGGCCGCCAAAAAUGGAGCCAGUUCGCCGGGGAAGGCGCCUAACAACAAACACAUCAUUCCGGCGGACUCCAUUAGUGUAAACAAGCAGUUGGGCACCGGCGAGUUUGGUAUAGUUCAACAGGGCGUCUGGUCCAAUGGUAGCGAGAGGAUUCAAGUGGCCAUCAAAUGCUUGUGCCGGGAGCGCAUGCAGUCCAAUCCCAUGGAAUUUCUCAAGGAGGCGGCCAUCAUGCAUUCCAUUGAGCACGAGAACAUCGUGCGACUGUACGGAGUUGUCCUGGCCACAGAUUCGCUCAUGCUGGUCACUGAGCUAGCGCAUCUGCGAUCGCUGCUGGAGUGCCUCAAAGAUUCCGGGCUGCGCGUCAGUUUCCUCACCAUCCCCACUCUCUGUGAGUUUGCCCUGCAGAUCUGUAAUGGAAUGCGCUACCUGGAACAGAAGCGCCUCAUUCACAGAGACCUGGCGGCACGUAAUAUCCUUGUGUUCAGCAAGGACAAGGUGAAGAUCUCCGACUUUGGACUGUCGCGAGCCUUGGGCGUAGGAAAGGACUACUACAAGACCAACUUUAAUGUAAAUUUAAAGCUGCCGAUAGCUUGGUGUGCUCCCGAAUGUAUCAACUAUUUGCGCUUCACCAACGCAUCGGAUGUGUGGGCCUUUGGAGUCUGCCUCUGGGAAAUGUUCUCAUACGGAUUCCAGCCCUGGGCUGCGCUAACCGGUCUACAGAUCCUUGAGGCCAUCGAUGCACCCAACUACCAGAGACUGGAACAGCCCGAUUGCUGCCCCAGUGAGUAUUAUACACUUAUGAUGAAGUGCUGGCAGGACGAUGCUGCAAAAAGGCCGCGCUUCGGUGAGAUCUAUGACCAACUGCCUGAUAUGAAGCCAGAGCAGCUUAAAGCUGUGGUGAACUGCACAGAGCCCAAGAAGGACCACCUACUUUAUCGCCAGGGCGAUAUUAUAAGCGUUCUUGAUCGCAAUACGGGCUCGCCAUUUUGGAAAGGAGUACUCAGCACUGGCAAGACUGGCUACUUCAACCCCUCCAACACUGUAGCCUUCCUCGAAGGUCUGCCCAGCUCCAGUCGAGACUCCUUUAGUCGAGUGAGCGACCACAGGAUCAGUAAGCGCAAACUGCGCACAGAAAUGAUUUCAAAGCCACAAAAUGACUUCAAGCACACCGGACAUGUGGGCAUUGAUGGAGCUGCCUUUGGCGAUAUUGCCUUCCUAGGAAGUUCACAGAAUUAUAAUCACGUGCCCAAGCAAAUAGUGACUCCCUACAAACCAUCGGAGGAUAUUGAGCAAACUCCACUCCUCCUGCCACCGACGCCCACGAGCCCGGACUCGCUGCAAACUGCCAGUGGUUAUUUCCCAGAGGGUGCCAGCACCGGAGGUGCCAUGGGAACCUCUAUGAAUCCCACAUUCAUUCCAUCCGCCGAACAUACACCCAAGCUGAUAGCCACGAAUGGUCAAAGCUCAUUUGACUUUGCCAGUGGAUCGACCAAUCCGUUUUUCCUUAACAGAGGGGAUGAUGAGCUGGAGUUUGGCUUGCAGAAUAACAACUACGGUGUGGAUGGCAAGAGCAUACAUUCGGGGGAGGCGGGCUGGCGUCCCAGCUCACGAAGUAUUGUUGAUGAUCCUCAUGAAUAUCACGAGAUAUCAGAUGAUGAGAUGGCGGCCGACAAGCUGGACUUUGGGCCAUCGCUGCUGGAUGAGAUUAACUCGAUGUUUGGAUCGAUUAGCGGAGCUUCCGGCAGCCACCCCAAGUCACCUGGAUUUGAUCAUGUGAACAGCAAAAACGAAUUUGCGGAAUUGUCUGUUAAAUUGGGCCAAAAGAGUGGCGACACUAAUGGGAACAAGCAUGGACAUGGGCUGCUUCCCACGCUGUCGAAAAAGAAAUCGUCGGGCACUGUGAAACCUAUUUCUGUAAAGGAUGAAAAGAUUCUCAACCAUGCCAUUGAGAUAGCCAACGAGAUCAGUGCUAGGUCAAUGAUUGAUCUUGUUUCUGAUCAGACCCCCGCCAUGCACAGUCCUAAGCGCAAGUUCAGCUUCAGGUUUCCGCAUUUAAGUAAUAAUGGUGGUAGUGACAAGGCUGGCGGACUAGGAGGAGCCAGCAGUUCUGCCCACACUCCCACCCAUGGCAAUGCAUCGCCUUUUUCCAAGAAGAAAAACUUCACCGAGGAACUGCAGAGCAUUCCAGAUAUUCAGCGUUUCCGAUCGCUGAGCGAGAUCAAGAACAGCACCGACCUGCGUGUGCCCAUAUUCGACAAGGAGAGCUCUGAUUUCCUAUUCCAAAAGUCGCGAGAGAUUCUUAGCCGGCCUUUGAAUCUGGAACGUGAGCGUGCGGAAGAUCAGCAGCCAAAAAGCAUCGACGACAACAUCAUGGACAUUGAAAAUACACUGAAAGCGCUCAAUCUGGAUUUUAUGCACACUUACACAGAGUUGGACAAAAGUGACUCCAACGAUACGAUCCUCAAUGACCAGUUGCCGCAUCUGGCCAGUUUGGAUGAUGGCAUCAGUAGUGCCACGGGCAGCCUAAAGUCGGCGGUCUACAGCUACAGUAACGGCGUGCAAACCAUGUUCGAUUUUAAUGCGGCCACCAGUCACCUGGACAAGCACCUGCAGUACAUGCACAACCAGGCGCAACUAAGUGCCGCUGCUCCGGUGGAUCCCAAGCCCAUGGAGGACAAGCGCUCGAGCACUCCAGACACGGGAUUCGCCUCGAGGGACACCAACAUCUCUCUGUCGCGCCGUAGUAGCCAAAAGUCCAGCUACAGUCCACAGGAAAGCUUCCACUUUCCACUCAAGGGAGAGGCACUAUUCAGCGCACCUCCAGUCAUUAUGGCAGGAGGAUAUGCCAGUCUCAAGGAUGAGCUCGGCUAUGAGCGUUUUGGAAACGGAGCCACCAAGCAAAUGCUGGCCAGCGCCUCACCCAUUAAGUCUGGAGCGGGUCUCAAUGCUAGCAGUGCCUCCGUUUACAUGGGAUCAAAGGGUUACCGUCAACGUUCGACAUCCUUUAACGAGAGCUUUCAUCCCAUUUCGCCAGUUCUCUCAGAACCACCGCAGCGAGAAAGGGGUGUAAUGCAGCGACAAGUGAGACUGGAACAUCAGCCGCCUUUGCCACGUCGUUCUGCAUCGUAUAAGCCCCGUUCCAUCAGAGCUCGCACCCUAAGGCGGUUGAGCUACAAUCCCAUGACUUUGGAUUCCAGUUCCUCCAGCGGCGAAGAGCCUGUCAAGCCCAGCCUUGCCCGUUCCGAGUGCGACAUCCGUGCUAGAGUGGCGGCAAGCUCGAAUUCUUCGUUGGGACGGCGACGUCGAGCGGGAAUGAAUCGUCAGGUUCAGUCCGCUUGCCACGACGAACGUGAGGCCAUUAUUUCCCCUCGCCAAAUUUAUGGUUCCAAUUCGAGCAUAAAAUCAGCACCACACUACAAUAUCGGAGGUCAACGUCGUAGCUUCCAUAGAGGUGGAGCUGGCAUGAUGGGAGCUGGCUACGAGCAGUUCCAAUACGACGAGCGCAUUUACGAUUUCGGAGGACGUGGUCCGGGCAACAACUACAACAUGGCCCAUGCGAGCUAUUUGAGUUCGAGUCAAAAACCCAAUUAUAUUUUGAACGGAACUGAGUUGCCCGGAUCCGGGUCAGGAUCUUCUUCGGCAGCCUCGUCGGCUGUGCAGGCCACGUACAGGACAGGAGCUGGUGCUCCCAUACAGCGACCAAUGAGCGGUGGCGCUGCACUGCACGAGUUCGAUAUUAGUCGUCUCACGGGAAAGAGUCCCACCUCAACCAAUUUUGUGGGAAGUUCACCGGAAGAACUAAAACAGCGUCAGCUUUCAGCGGGCUCUCUGCUGGCUCCAACUAACAAGCAGACGAAGCCUCAGCGACCCACUGAAUUCCACUGGCCAGAGAAGAUUCACGCAUCGGCGGUAAAGCAGCAUGAGAUGCAUUGGCGACAAAUGCAACAGCAGCAACAGCAACAGUUGACCACGGCAACGAUUAUUAGUGCAGCAGGUGUUGGAGCAGUUGCAGGCAGGAGAUCCAGUGAUAGCUCCUCCUCGUCCAGCACCGAGAGUGGGGAUGAGUAUCAGUUCCAGCGCGAGUUCGUUGCGCCGCGAAUUCCGCCCAGUCCGGCUCCAUAACUAAGGAAAAUGCUGAAAUACGUUCUCAAUUUACUGUUCGGCAACGUGAUGUCUGAUUAGAGACAAAACAUGGGAAAGAUACGAAUUGGAUCCGAAAAGCCUUGGUCACGGAUGGAUGCUUCAAGCUUGGCGGUGUUGUGUUUGUGCUACUGUCUGUGUGUGAGAAUUGGUAGGGAGCAGCGUGUAGAGUGUUGGCGUCGAAGAGUAAAUUGUAGAAGUAUUUACAGCGAAUAGAUUAACAUAUAUUUUUUGGAUUUGAAUUUUUUGAAGCGAGAUGAGAGUGUGCCUUAUAGGAAAACACCGAAGACCUCUCAGAACAGAUAAUAAUGAUGUGCAGAUCAGCUGCACACCUUCCAACUCAUUCUAUCAUCCGCCACAUAGUUCAUCGUCAUCAGCUAAACUCUACUUUAUUGAAUCAUUACUAGCGGCUUACCCUUUUCUAGUUUGAUUAAUAUGGCCAAAUAUAGUGGGUAUCAAAAUUACUCUUUCAGAGUUCAAUAUCUAACUUUAACCCCCUAUUUAAUCCAACUAGAAACUGGUAAUGCCUCUGAAAUUUUCUCUUCAUAUCUCAAACAGAAAAGUACUCUAAUUCAGUAGCCUAAAGUCAAAAUACAAAACGUUUCUUCAAAUUUUCACUACAACAAACAAACAUAUAUAACAAAGAUAAUGGCUUCCAAAUGGAAUAGAAAAUGUUCAAGUAAUUUUUUUAGAAAAUAAAACCCAACAAGAGCUUGGUUGUCGGAAACAGUAUUUCAAGGCACACGACAAACACAAACACUCACACUUAUUGAGGGGACUCCAACUAGACAGGGUAUUACCUAUUACCAGUGAGCGGUAAUUAUAAGUCAAACACACACACACUCACACAGAGACAAAGGAAAACAGCCAGAAGACAGUCACCCACACAAAACUGUUGACAAUCCUCAGAACUUGUCCACAUCAAAAGACAUUCGUCGGGGCAAGAAUCCCGUACGGAUUAUGUGCCAUAUCCUGACGCUUGCAUUUUUUAUGAAACCAAAGCUAAAGCGAAACCAAAACCAAAACCAAAAACCAAAAAGCAACAAAUGUUAAAAAACGAUACCGAAACCAAGAGAAGCAUUUAAGCUCACUUUAACUAGAGUGUCGAUAACCCUAAAGUAUCUAUAAGAUUGGAGAUUUGGAAGUGUCAAGCACAUUGACCCACUAACCAAAAGCAAAACUAAAAUUUAACUUUAAUUGAAUUGCCGACGGCUGCAAAGUGUCGAAACAUUUUUGAUAACCUCACUAAGAAUAUAUAUAUAUGGAUUAUACUUACUAAAAGAUUUUCGCAUUCUAUGCAUUUAUGGAUAAACUUAAAUUGAAAAAAUAUGAUAUACAGAUUAUAUAUACACCUACUUAAAUCUAAAUCAACCUAAUUAUAUGUAUACAAGUAUAAAGGCGAAUGCGCUGUAAUGAUAUUCUAAACUAUGCGUUUGAAGCGUUUCAACCCAGAGAACAUUAAACUAAAUGAAAACCAAAAUUUACUCGAGUAUUAUACAAGAAAACCCCAAAAACUAAAAACUAAAAACUAAAACCUAAACUACAUUCAACUAAGCAACAACUAUUUGAAAACAAAAACAAGUGAAGAGUUUGAAUUCUAAGAACCAAACAAGUUAAUUGGUAAUCAAAAAAAGAAAAUGUUGUGCAUAUUUAAAGGGAUUCAAUAAAGAAAAACUAAUUCUGAAUUGCAUUUCUGGUGUUGGCUUUUAGCUCUACUUUAGUUAUUUUUCUUUUAUCCCAAAAUUAUAAUUUUGUACAAUUUCAUUUGCAUUCAU